AUGGAGGGAGGUCUCCGAGGGCUGAAGGGGGGGUCUCCGAGGGCUGAAGCGGUCUCUCCGAGGGGUGAAGACCGGGUGUCUCCGAGGGUUCCAAGGAGGACUACUGAACCUAUUGACGAGAUUGACGAGAAUGCAGAUAAUACUGCCACAUCCAUGCCUGAACAACCGGAGAAGACAGGUGGCCGAAAGAGGGGGCUGACCAAAGGUGUUCAAGUGAUGGCACGAACCACUAGGGGGAGUAGGAUCGAUGGAGUAUUCCUGCAGGAGAACAGCCACGCAAUUGUGGGCCCUAACCAGAAGUUGCUGAACACAGAAGUUGGUGUCGUUGCUCGUAUGAUGGCUCCCAUAAGGAAGUACUAUUGGACUGAGUUAACUGAUGAAGACAAACACCCUAUGUUUGUGAAACUAGAGAGCGAGUUUGCAUUUGCCUCAGCUACUGAAGAGGUGAGGAAGGCUUUAGAUAAGAAACUCCACAAACGCUUCUUGAACUACAAGUACACCUGUCAUAAACACUACAAGGAACUGGAAGACCCCACCAAAGCUCGUCUGAACCCUCCAGAAGGAGUGAAACAGGAAGACUGGGAGGCCCUCUGUGAGCACUUUGAGAGUGAUCGAUUCAAGGGGCGGAGCACAAAUAAUAUACAAAACAAGGCUAAGCAGCAGUAUGCUCACACUACUGGGGCAAAAUCCCACGACCAGAGAGUGUAUGAAAUGGAGCAAAAGAAGCUGGCUGCACAAGCAGCUCAAACGGAGCAGGUAGAUGAUGACCAGGAUGCUGAGGAUGAUGAGGCGGUGCCCGUUGAUAUUGAGCUGUAUGCCAACACGCACAAGAAGGCAAGUGAUGGUACUUGGGUGAGCGAGGAACUGAAAGCGAAUUAUGUAAGCCCUUCUGCUCCUCUUAAAUUGUGUACCUAG